GUUGCUUUGUAACUCUGCACGAUCAUCCUACUAAUUUUAAAAUAAAAGUAAUACUUCUAAAAUGUCUUACUUAGACCUUUCAGACCCUGUAAGGAAGGUAUUUGAUACAAUAGACAAAAAAAGAGGAAGCUACAUAGAAGUUUUGAAAGAAGCCGUCAACAUAAGAUCGGUCAAAGGUGAUUAUGCCGAAGCAAAAAAGAUAAUUUCUUGGACAGAAAAGAAAUUUAGGGACUUAGAUGCAGGAACAACUCUUCAAGACGUAGGCUCGGUAAUGAUGGAUGGAAGGAAGAUUACGUUACCUCCAGUCUUGAUAGCAGAUUUCAAAUCUGAAAAUUCCAAGAUGACUUUACUAGUUUACGGCCAUUUGGAUGUAACUCCGUCUCCUCCUGGAGUAGAAUCGGGUGAUAAUGAAUCAUCAUUCAACCUUAAGGAAGAAGACGGAGCUCUGUUUGGAAAAGGAGUCACAGACUCCAAAGGUCCUCUGUUGUGUUGGAUGAACGCGAUACAAUCCUACAAAGAAUCUGGAAUGGACCUUCCUCUGAAUAUAAGGUUCGUCAUCGAAGCUAUGAAAGAAAGCGGAAGCGUCGGUCUCAUGGAUUACUUACAAGAAAGCAAAGGAUAUUUGUUCAGAGGUGUUAACUUCGUUUGUAUUUCGGACAGCUCGUGUUUGUUUGCUGACAAACCAGUCAUCACGUACGGUUUGAGAGGAUGCUGCAAGUUUAAAGUCACUGUUGAAGGAGCGAAGUGCGACUUGCAUUCCGGGGUACAUGGAGGAAUGAUCGCAGAACCUAUGACAGACUUGGUGUAUCUUCUAUCCAACCUAUCCAACAUCAAGGGAGAGAUUCUUGUACCUAACUUACGUGAUGGGAUAGAAGAUGUCACUCCUGACGAAGAGAAGAAUUACCACAGGCUUUCCUUUGACGUUGGGAAGUUCAAAAAGGAGUCAGGAGUGGAUAGACUUUUGCACAAAGAGGAUAAAAAGAGGCUGUUAAUGCAUCGUACAAGAUUUCCUAGUUUGACUAUCCACAGCAUAGAUACAGGAGAUUCCGUUGGAGAUGAAGUAAUUCCUUGUAAAGUUUCAGGGACUUUCACUAUCAGAAUAGUCCCUAAUCAGAAUCCAACCGAAGUAUUUCACCGAGUCCAAGGCUAUCUUGUCUAUCUUUUCAAUAAAGUUCAAAGUCCUAAUGAGCUGACAAUCGACAUGCCUGUAGGGAUCCCUGCAUGGCUGGCGAAGAAUGACGAUGACAACUACAAGGCAGCAAGCAAAGCAAUCUUCAAAGUUUACAGACAAAAGCCAGAACUCGUCCGGGAAGGCUCUACGAUUCCCAUUGUGUAUCAGUUGCAGCAGUUGUCAAAGAAGAAUGUUUUGCUGCUGCCGGUAGGUAACAGUGACCAUUGCAUACUGAAGAAUCGGGACAGGAUCGACGUGAAAACCUUUAUGGACGGCGCUAAAGUCGUAGCUGCUUAUAUUCAAGAACUUUCUACCACCAAAUUGAAAAAGUGAUUUGUAACUGAUUUAAAGUUAUCAUCAAUAAAUGUUU